AUGAUGUUCUACAGAUGGCAUUUGUUCGAAAGGGCAGGUGAGUUCAUCAUGAUCUUACACGCAGCGCGACUCUUUCAGCAAUAUUUAGUUGACCAGUUCUGCAAAGUGGAGGCAGAAAGGCUUUCGUAUCUCCGCCACAACCAGACAAAGCUUCGAGCGGCGGACUACACCUCACUUCGCGACAGCCUAGGAGACUCCGGUCGUGCUGAAGAUGAAGCCGACGCUGUACGAGCAGGACGACUGUUCAUUCUCCCUUUUACGCACAUCGGAUGUGACAGCUACAUGAGGCAGCAGAUGCACGGCAUCAUUGCUAUAUCUAACCAAAUUGGCCACCCGGACAUCUUCCUCACCAUGACAUGCAAUCCUAGCUGGCCGGAGAUCACAAGAGCCCUGCUGCCCAAUCAAACUCCUCAGGACAGACUGGAUCUGUGCGCACGUGUGUUUCGUCUCAAAAUGAAGGAUCUCAUGUUCUUGGUCAUCAACGAGGAUGUGUUCGGAACCGUCGUUGCCCAUGUACGAGUCAUCAAAUUUCAGAAACGAGGUCUUCCCCACGCUCACGUGGUAUUCUUCCUAGAUGAGGUCUCCAAGAAUGAUCUGCGUAAUCCCGAAAACGUCGACCGCAUUAUCUCUGCCGAGAUCCCGUCUGCCCAAGAUCCAGAACUCCAAGAGGUCGUGCUUAAGCAUAUGAUUCACAACCCAUGUGGAGAACGCAAUCCAACAGCCGUGUGCAUGGGCGAGCAGUACUGCAGGAAAAGGUUUUCAAAACCGUUCAAACACGAAACCAGCCAGUCCGAAAGUGAGUACUACAUCACGUACCGCAGAAGGUCCCCCUCGGCAGUGGUCAGACUUUCAAUGCAUCUGCCCAACCACCAUAUGGUUUACUUUGAGGAAGGAAGAGAGCAGGAGGCGGCGCCUCGAUCGGCAUCAGGUACGAAGCUGACUGAGUGGUUUAAAGCCAACGAAAAUUACCCAAGCGCGAGGCAUAUUCGGUACCACAAGUUUCCAAAGUACUUUACGUGGAAGAAAAGCAGCAAGUCAUGCACCUACGAUUUCAGUGGCACGGGCGCCAACGUAGUCGGUCGAAUCUAUACUGUCAGUCCGAGGGAGGGUGAGCGCUACUUUCUUCGCCUCCUCCUCACACAAGUGCCGGGGGCAACAUCCUUCGAGAACUUGCGAAACAUCGACGGCGAGCAGUGCACCAGCUUCCGACAAGCGUGCUUACGACUUGGUUUGCUGGCCAACGAUGCCGAGUGGAAGCACGCAAUCCGAGAUUCAUUCCGGUCAAGCUUCGUUCCUCUUUCUCAUCUGUUUGCUACGAUUCUGGCACACUGCCAGCCUUCGGACCCUCUCUCGCUGUGGAACGACUACCUGCACAUGUUUCUCACCGAUAUUCGCAAUCGCGCACGCGGACAACCCAUUCGAAGACAGCAGCUUCGCGAUGAUCGCCACGACACAUCUUACGUGCUUGGAGAGGUACAGGAGGCCCUGCAGACGGUGCGUUCCAACUGGACGCUCGCACACUUCGGACUCCCACUCCCCGAUGACAGCCUGCCCGCUUCGGAACAGCCAAACGAGAUCCAGACACCCGAAGCACAAGCGCAGCAUCGUCUCUUCUUCCUCGAUGCUCCUGGCGGAACAGGCAAAACGUUCGUGCUCAGCGCCAUUCAAGACUUCCUUCGUUCGCGCCCCAAGCAAGUCAUCGCCGUCGCCACAUCUGCUGUUGCUGCAGUGUUGCUCGACGGUGGACGCACCGCUCAUUCCGUGUUCAAGAUUCCCAUUCCUGUAUCUGCCAAAAGCACUUGCAACUUCUCCACAAACUCCGACACCGGUCGUACAUUGCAACAAGUCGAUCUUAUCAUAUGGGACGAGAUCGUCAUGUGCUAUCGAAAUUGCAUUGAGACUGUCGAUCGCUCCCUUUGCGACUUGAUGCAAACCGACCGGCUCUUCGGAGGAAAGUUCCUCGUGCUCGCUGGAGACUUUAGACAAAUCCUUCCCGUCGUUCCGGGCGGGUCCAGAGGGGACCCCGCAGCAGAUGUGGAGGCUCUCAACUUCCCACAGUUCCUCCUCAGCGUCGGGGAAGGCAGACUUCAAUGCGAUCAGCGCCCGGAAUGGAUCUCAAUACCACAGUCCGUAGCGUUCGAGCACACCAUCCGCAAUUUAUGCCUCAAGGUCUUCCACGGCAUUCGAGACAAUCACGUCGACCCUACAUGGCUCACAAAUCGCGUUAUACUCACUACAAAGAACAGACCGCUCGAGCAGGUCAACGAAGUCAUCCGCAACAUGAUGCAGGGACCGUAUCGAACAUAUUUAAGCGCAGACAAGGUCGAGAGCGAAGACACCAACGCGCUGAUCUAUCCCACGGAAAUGCUCAACACCUUGACGGCCGGGUCUGAUCUACCAGACCACAAGCUCAAGCUCAAGAAAGGUUUCAUCGUCAUGCUUCUGCGCAAUCUCGAUCCCACUUCCGGUUACGUCAACGGCGCUCGAUAUGUCAUCGAGAAAAUGACCAACAAACUAUUCUUUCUACGCGUUACCUCGGGGUCACAUGAAGGCAACAGACUCUGCCUUCCACAAAUGCCCUGCGGACCAGGUGACGACAACUUUCCCAUUCCUGGCUUUACUCGAACGCAGUUCCCCAUUCGCACGUGCUUCGCCCUUACAACGAACAAAGCCCAAGGCCAGUCCUUCGGUGGCCGCAUUGGUCUCGACCUCCGAGAUCAUUGCUUCUCGCACGGUCAACUCUACGUCGCAUUAUCGAGGACUACUCACUCAAGCAACGUCACUAUCCUCACUCGAGAGUCCGAUGCAACAACGCGAAACGUAGUGUACCCCGAGGUCCUUCAGUAG